AGUGAGAGAGUGGGAGAGUACUCCCAGUGCAGUCUGAUCAGUGUUUCGGUCUGUGUUCCGUCUUGCCGGAUUACAGCUCCCAGUGCAAUCUGGAAACUUUCACGGAACAGCCAAGGAGGAUUUCUACUGGAGGGUUUUUACUUUUUAGACAGCAGUUGACUUUCACAUUUGAGUGCUAGGAGGGGGACUGUUGCAGAUGAGAAUGGAGAUAAACGGUCGUGCCUUGCCUCCGUCAAUACCUGAGGAUGGAGAAGCCCCAGACCUUGUGACUCAUGGUGAAAUGAAUGGUUAUCACCAGAGGCUUCGGGAUGGGGAUGGAGGAGAGGCAGAGGUCCCGGUGUCCAAGUCCCAGAGACGAAAGAGCGAUGUCAAAGUCUAUAAAGAGUUUUGUGAUUUUUAUGCUCGCUUCAACAUGGCCAAUGCUCUGGCCAACGCCAUGUGUGAGCGCUGCAAGAGCGGCUUCGCCCCUGCAGAGAAGAUAGUGAACAGUAACGGGGAACUUUACCAUGAGCAGUGCUUUGUGUGCGCCCAGUGUUUCCAGCAGUUCCCUGAGGGACUCUUCUAUGAGUUUGAAGGCAGGAAAUACUGUGAACAUGACUUCCAGAUGCUGUUCGCCCCUUGCUGUCACCAGUGUGGUGAGUUCAUCAUUGGCCGUGUGAUCAAGGCAAUGAACAACAGCUGGCAUCCAGACUGCUUCUGCUGUGAUAUCUGCCAGGCCGUGCUCGCUGAUGUUGGAUUCGUUAAGAAUGCCGGAAGGCACCUGUGUCGUCCGUGUCACAACCGAGAGAAGGCUCGUGGCCUCGGCAAGUACAUCUGUCAGAAGUGUCAUGCCAUUAUAGAGGAGCAGCCUCUCCUUUUCAAGAAUGACCCCUACCACCCGGAUCAUUUCAACUGCAACAACUGCGGUAAGGAGCUGACAGCUGAUGCCAGGGAGCUGAAGGGAGAGCUCUACUGCCUGCCCUGCCACGACAAGAUGGGUGUCCCCAUUUGUGGCGCCUGCAGGAGGCCCAUCGAGGGUCGUGUGGUUAAUGCCAUGGGCAAGCAAUGGCAUGUGGAGCAUUUUGUGUGUGCUAAGUGUGAGAAACCAUUCCUGGGACACCGUCACUACGAACGCAAGGGUCUGGCCUACUGUGAAACACACUAUAACCAGCUAUUUGGAGAUGUUUGCUACCACUGCAAUCGUGUCAUCGAAGGAGAUGUGGUGUCUGCCCUAAACAAGGCUUGGUGUGUCAACUGUUUCGCGUGCUCCACCUGCAACACCAAACUCACCCUCAAGAACAAGUUUGUGGAGUUUGACAUGAAGCCAGUGUGUAAGAAAUGCUAUGAGAAAUUCCCUCUGGAGCUGAAGAAGAGACUGAAGAAGCUGUCCGAAACUGUUGCUCGGAAGUAACCACACAGUUGCGACAGUGGAAAGGUGGCGAUGCAAAGUCACACAUCCUAUAUUUACAAUCCACUAUGCAGGCUCUUUAUAUGUUUUCAAUUGAUAGCAUUAAGUUAUGUUUUCGUCAAACACUCCACUUUUUUGUCCUUUCACUCACAGAUAAUUGCUUCACGUGACAACAGAUUGUUGGUCAGUCAGUGGAUUUGACAUUAACCUAUUCAGUGCCUUUUUACUCAAUUACUGCACAGUAUAUUUUUCACAUGCUUGCCUUGUUUCAUUACACAAACUAAACCAAAACACAAAUGUUGAUAGUGCCAUAUUUCAGAGUGACAUAUUAGCGUAAAGACAACAUUGAAACGUGGGAAAAAUAAAUAUUGUUACACAAAGCUAUUCAUUUGCUUACCAACUUGCGUCAUGAUGCAAAGUCAUGUGUCCUGUGUUUGAAUGAUGUUAACCAUACUCUUGUAUAAUUAAGGAGUAAUUCCAAAGAAAGUUUAGGACAAAACAUUUCUGGUUAGUAUAUCAUAACUCCAAUACUAAUUUUCCAUCAGUAUGUGCUAUUUUAUGUAUUAUUCAAGUGUACUUCCUUUCAUUUUAUGCUAAAUAAUUUUCUUUAAGUUUUUGCUUUUCUUUUAUUCAUAUCUUACUGUAGCUUCUAUAAUGUUACAGGGUUGAUCUCAACUGUUACAUAUAUCCUCUCCUUUUUCUGUGCUAUGCAUUUUGAUGUGUGAAAAAUCUCUAAGUAAACAGGUGUCCCCUGGUAUGGUGACCUACAAUCUAUUACAACAGCCCUGAAAUGUUCAGCUCUGUUUUAAAUCAAAUAUGUGAGGGCAACAGAGUGUUAGAGUUACUUUUUGAAGUAAUGCAUUCAGUAAUCCAUUAUUAGCAACACCUCUGACACACAGUCAACCAAUACUGAGGAUUUGAAGUGUCUCUUGACAGGAUUUAUUGCAUGGCAACUGCUUACUCUGUGUGUUACAACAUGAUGCCUUGUGGCAUGUGUAGAGACCGGAUGUUGGAGCAAUGUUAGAUGUUGAACAUGUGUCUCUGCUGUUUGUAAUCCAGAGAAAGUGAUCCUCUUAAACAGGGUUUACCGACUUCCUUAAGGCUCAGACCUCUUAGGAAAGAAAGCCAACUGUUGUAAAUGAGAGAGAAUAAUUUUCAUUUAAUAAAAAGUUUCACUCACUCAGUAUUUAUUUUGCAGAACACCAAUUUACAUAGCAGUUAGUUAGAGAAAGACAUUCCACUAUUCAACGGGAAUACAAUUUCCAAUGUAACUUCUGUGAAUUUCAUUACAUAUCCUAUACCAAAUAUGAGACAUGUCAUGUAGAAGUCAAACUAUCCACUGGACUGUUGUGAAGCAGAACACUUAGGCUCCCCUAAAAAUAGUCCUGUGGAUAUUUUUAUUUGAUACUUGAUUACCUGGAUGACUGUGAUGACUCUUGAUAAAGCAACACUGCCCUUAAACUGUACUCACAAGGCUUGUCAAAUGACAAUAUUUAUUCAUGUCAACACAAUUUUCAAGUGUUUUUUUCCCCCUUAUAUCUGAUAUAGCCUGUCAACUCUUCAAAUAAACACAUAUUUCAGUCCUUC